ACCCGUCUCAGCAAAUUCCUUGAAGGAGCGAAAGUGAAGCUAGAGUGCAGGAGCAGAGUAAACGGAACAGUGACGUUGACAAAAGAAGCCGUAACAGACAAGUCAGGGAGCUACAAAAUGGAAGUGACCGGUGACCACGAGGAGGAAGUUUGCGAGCUCGUGCUCGUUGAAUCACCAAACAGUGAAUGCAGUGACGUUAGCAAAGAGGCUUACCUACGUAACGCCGCUAAGAUCAGCCUGACCGCAAAUGACGGAAUCGUCUCUCACGAGACACGUAUCGUUAACCCUCUCGGUUUCAUGGUUAAGACUCCCUCAGCUGAAUGUCCCGCUGCUUUCAAGGAGAUCGGAAUCGUCCCUGACGUUACUUUCUAAAUAUGAUGGCGACUUCAAGAUCGUCGUCAUGUAAUGUAUUGUUUGUUUUCACUUAUAACCCAAACAAAAGAAUGUAAUUUGAUAAAAUACAAAAAAAUGCGGUAAUUAAAUAAUUUAUUAUCUUUUUUU